GGGUGUGCGGGGUGGUGCCGGGUGGCCGGUGGCUGUGGGGCGGCGAGGGGCACGGCCGGUGUUUGCUGUCUCCACCCGCCAUGAAUUCCCUGGACCAGGCUGAGGAUCUCAAAGCUUUUGAAAGACGACUUACUGAAUAUAUUGCAUGUUUACAACCAGCUACAGGACGUUGGAGAAUGAUUCUGAUAGUGGUAUCAGUCUGCACAGCAACUGGUGCUUGGAACUGGUUAAUAGACCCGGAGACGCAAAAGGUGUCAUUUUUCACAUCACUUUGGAAUCACCCAUUUUUCACAAUUAGUUGUAUUACGUUAAUAGGCUUGUUCUUUGCUGGAAUACAUAAAAGAGUGGUGGCACCAUCAAUUAUAGCAGCCCGAUGUCGAACUGUUUUGGCAGAAUAUAAUAUGUCCUGUGAUGAUACUGGAAAGUUAAUUUUGAAACCUAGGCCUCAUGUUCAAUAAGGGCUGUCUUCCUUCAUUUUUUCCACUGCCAUGGAAACCAAAAAUUACCUUUUUUUUAAGGUAGUAUGACAGCAGAAAAAGAAACAGGACUGGUUGUCACUGCCUGGGAGAGAAAGUCUUACACAGUUGACAGUGAAAGUGUGCAAUAUUACUUUCUUGAAUAUUGAUCCAAAUUCUUUGUUACCAUAUUAUCAGUGCUUUUGCUACUUCUGAUUACCUCUUUUUCAGUAUUAGUGUCACUUUUUUACUUCAGCUGGAACAGAACACAGAGGUGAAGUAUGCUAAUUGGCUAUGUAGUUGAACUUGAAAAUCAAACCACAUUUGUUAUGUGUCUUUGUAAGCUAUUGUAAAUAGCAGAUCGAUGCCAAUGUUCAGGAAAAGGAUUAAUAUUUGCUUUACGGAUUUUGUUCUCGUGAACAGUAUUGAAAGGAACACUUACCAUUCCUAUGAUGUUUUAUUAGCACACUUACUCAUUAUGGCUGUCCUUGUCUCCUGGUCAUUCUUUUUGGAACUGGUUGAAAGGCUUGCAGAAGGACUGUCUGUCUGUGCUGGAAGAAACUGGUCUUACUGUUUAAGAACUUUGCAAAUACAUCAAGGAUCACGUUUGUCAAAUUGUAUAUAUAGUGCACCAGCCACUUUCAGUUGUGGUCAUGCGCAGCUCCUUGUUUGAUCCGGCUCACAACACAGCUAUUUUAAGAUUUUAAAAAUUAUCUUAAAUAUGCUUGUAUCUUCUCAGUUGUAAGGUUGUACUGUGUCUUAAGGCCGCAUGACCAUUCUGAGUGGACUUUUAUGCCAUGAUGGUCUGAAUAUGAAACUAGUAUUGCAAAUGUGUAACUUAAGAUUUGGUGAAGAAAGUAGAGUAUCACAAUAAAAUAACAAAAUUUGACAUUCAGAGUGUUAAAAACAAGGUGUGGAUGUUAUAUGCGUAAAGUGCAACUUCUGAAUAGCUAAAAUUGUGAAGAGUUUAAGUUGUUCAAGGUGCCUUUUUAAUUGUUUUGAACUCUUUUCAUUGUCUAAAACUGUAGAGCUGUUGUAACUUCAGUAACUCCUAUUACAAGGUAGAUUGGCUUUUAAAGGCAGCAUGUUGAUGUAACUUUGUCAGUUGAGACUUGAAGAAUUGUCUCCUCUGAUUUUUUUCCAGCGAGUCUUCUGCCCACCCGUUUUUUAAGUGCUGUAUAUUUUGUAGGUUAAUGUGUAUAAAAUAAAUUCUUCGUAUAAACAGAU